AUGACCAACACCCAAAAGUUUAUGCUGAUUAAACUUCAACAUUUUCAGUUCAUCGUUUUCCCGUUGUUCAACACUCGGUCAGUUGAAGAACAUCCGAGAUAUACAGCUGCUCGUUUGACAGAUGAAUACAGACAUGUUCUGGACGGAAAGAUAAAAUUGGCAGAGAGUCAUAUUUUCACAGAAGAUAUAACUGUGGACGAUUGUGGAAAAGGAGGAGAUUACGAUUAUCUCUCGAGCAAAUUGGAGGCUUUGAUUCCAAAACUAGGCCAAGUGGAUCUUUCUGUAAAGUUCGCCUAUCCAGUUCCAUUUACCAACAACACAAUUCAAUUCUCUGUAGAUGAAGUUUUGACUCUUUUGAAUGGAGAAACUCAGUCAGGAGAGAAAGCAUUCUUUGCUAGAAUGGAAGAGAAGGACGAUGACUACAAAAUUUACGAUAUUCGUGUUGUCCCAUGUUAUCCGAAAUAA